GCACACGAAGAAGACAAACCCGGAAGUCCCGUGGUGGCCUCGCUCGCUCCCGCCCGCUGUCGUAUCGUUCAAAGCGUCGUCGGGUGCGAAAGACGGAAAAUUAAAAACAAAUUAUAUGAGAAGACGUCGCGUCGGCGCACAAUGUCCGACCUGCGGGCGGUGAAGACGCUGCUGGCCGAGAGACUGACGGCGGUCGCGGAGGAAAUACUCCGCGCCGCGGAGGAGAAGUCAGCAGAUAUGUCCCCUGAGCAGCAGAGGGCGGCUGUACGCAGGCGGCUGUUGGCGGUUGUCGACGAGAUCUUCAGGAUCCUGGAGAAGAUGGUGGGAGAACACGAGACGGAAGAUUCUAGUCCCCGUGAAGAGAUCGACCACACACGGCCGCUCCGCGGCUCCAACUGUGGAAAGGACACAUCCUCCGAUCUGCCCAGGACUAAAGACGCGUCCACGGAGACGGACGGUACACCUUCACGUGCGGAGGCGCUGUCCCCCGCCGACAACGAGCUGCUCCCGCCAAACGAUUCCGAAGCCGAGAAACUUCUCAAAACAAACAAACGGAAAACAUUUAAGAGGCAUAAUCAAGCUGAGGAUCACAGCGACGUGUGUGGGAGGUCUUCCCUCAGAGGUGUGGCUGGGAAGAAGAUACCGAAAACCGAAAGUCAAAUCUCCGCGGACAACAAGAUCCAACUUGGGGGACAGAGUCGUUGCCGAGUGUGUGGAAAGGGUUUCCGCUCCAAGCGCUCUUUUCUGAAACACGUGCUUCUGCACGAGCAGAGCUCGGAUCUGUGCGGCGCCUGCGGGAAACAUCUGGAGCCGGGCGAGAGCUUGAAGACGCAUUUACAAACCCACAACGAGGAAGAAGAAGAAAAGGCCCGCGGGGACGAGGCGGGGGGCGGCGAGGAGACCAAAGACGAACCUCGUUUAGAAAACUCCGAAACCAAAGGCACGGACAAACCAAGAGGAGGCCAAAAAAAGGACGGUAAGGACCCAUCGCCUCUGAAGUAUAGCUGCAAAGUCUGCGGCAAGUCCUUCUGCUACAGAGCCUCCUUCCUGAAGCACGUGCAGGAAGACGAGGGCGACGCGGACGCGUGCGGCGUGUGCGGCGAGCGCUUCGAGUCCGGAGACGGCCUGCGGCGCCACCUGCAGACGUACGUCCGCACCAACGACUGCGAGGUCUGCGGCAAGCGCUUCGAGAGCCCCCAGCAGCUGGCGAUGCACGGCCGGACGCACACGGGGGAGAAGCCGUACGUCUGCAACGUCUGCGGCAAGGCGUUCGCCCAGAACGGGAAUCUGAUGGGUCACAUGAGGGCGCACACGGGGGAGAGGCCCUACGCCUGCAGCGUGUGCGGCCAGAGCUUCGGCUUCAAGGAGUACAUGACGGCCCACAUGAGGAUCCACACGGGGGAGAAACCCUUCCUCUGCAGCGUCUGCGGGAAAGGGUUCAGGCAGCGGGGCACCCUGAAGACGCACUCCAUGAUCCACACGGGGGAGUCGGCGCACCGCUGCGCCGUGUGCGGCAAGGCGUUCUACAAGAGCGGGGCGCUGAAGAUCCACGUGAGGUCCCACACGGGCGAGAAGCCGUACCUGUGCAACGUCUGCGGCAAGAGCUUCGGGGCCGGCGGCUCGCUGGCCAAGCACAUGGGCGUGCACGAGGGGGGGGGGCGGGCGCACGCCAGGACGGAGCGUCUGAAGAGACGCGCCCGGGCUCACGGGGACGAGUCUUCAAGCAAAGCCGCCGCCACAAGUUCUGGGUGA